AGUCACGAAAUACCGAGAGGAAAACAAAAUGGAUGCGCACAACUUGGCUGUCGUGUUCGGUCCAACUUUGAUCCGCGUCUCCGAAGAAGAUGACAUGAUCUCAUCACAGGGCCACUUUAACAAGGUCGUCGAGACGAUCAUUAAGUCGUACGAUGUCGUGUUUGACGGAGAGGGACUGGACACUGUUGAGAAUGACCUCGAGGAAGAGGAACAAGAGCGGCGGACUGAGGACGAGUUAAGUAAAGAUGAUUCGGACAGCGAAGAAGGUGAGGGACUGGGGCAGGAAAACUGAACUAAAUUUCUGUAUACUGGAUUGCUCUUUCAGUUCUAAACUGUUUUUCCUAUAGGGUAUAUUGAGUAAUAGCUCCAUCACUUGUAAACUGUUCUCCCUAUAGAUCCAGUAAAGGCCAUCCUUUUUUGUCCAGUUUUACUAGAUCCGGGAAAAGAAGUACAUGGAGAAAUUUGCGAUGUUUGACAGAAGAAAAAAAUUCGGCAAUUUAAUGAAAUUGGGAAACUCAGCCCGCGGCAAUCUGACCCGAAUUAAGAAAUGUCUAUUAGAACACAAUGGUCUAGCACAAAGCCUUUGCUGAUUAUUGUUUUGCGUAGGUACCCUCGCAACACUAGUAAUCUGGUUCCCAAUUCUUUGGCAAAGUUUCGAAGUUGAACAAUCUUAUUUUUAUAACAAUGUUAUAGUUAUAGUAUAACCAAGCAUUAAACCCUGUUUCGAUUGUUCGUGUAAUUACAUUGCAUCUUUCUUCUCCCAACAGAGGUUGAGCCAAAAGAAGCCAAGGCUUUAUUCAACUACACAGCGAGGUCUGAUAAAGAACUCUCGUUCAAGAAAGGAAAUAUUAUCCUCGUAUUCAAACGUUCUAACAACGACUGGUGGGAUGGUUCUCUUGAUGGAAUCGAUGGUUUCGUUCCUUGCGCUUACGUCCAGGUUAUUGAAGAUGAUGGUGUUGAUGGUCACUCUCCUGAAUCGCGGACCGCGCCCCAGAGUUUACCCCUUGACUCCAGUGCCCCACCAGGAUGUGACAAUCUACCCUCCCCUUCCUCCGCACGCUCGACCCGCACGCACCCGUCAAACCCAAUCCUUGGGCAGCGUCCUACAUCCACAAGUGAUGACGGGGUCCAAAGUCAAAUCCUAUUACGUCAUCACAUCCACAAACCAUCCACCCAGGAAGUUAUACCGGAAGAGACACAUUUAUCAUCAUUCAAACGUAGCUCAUUCAAACGUCCCACUUCACCGAUAAAGUCGCCGUCGGGUUCUCUCGAGCGUUCACGAAGUCUAAACGAUCAACGGUCAAGUCCGAAGACGGUUAAGUCCGGAGAUGCAAGUCGGACGGCGUCGUUGCCUCGGUCUGGUAUGAACAAUGUAUGUUGGGAUCGCAGAAGUCAAAGCGUAGAACCCCUCUCUCCAGUGGAAACACGCGGUAUUGCUGAGGGGAGCUUUUCUCCCGGGUCGGAAACCGGAGGUCAGCCUGCGAACCGGGGGCCGGCACAGUUCACCCGUGCCCCACCCCCGGCACCGAAACCCAAACCGAAACCCAAGGUGCCAAAACGUAAUUCAAAUCCUUCAACUGAACUUAUAGCGAGCCUGCAUGCCGGCUCAGUGGCGCGGACCGUCCGCCAUGAAAGCCACGGGGAUGCAAGCGAUCAUGAUGAUUUACCCCCACCCCCUCCUCCCUGUGAAGAACGUGAGGUAGUUGGAGGGGAGACGCCUUCCCCACCACACUCCCCCAUAGGAAAACAAGAUACAUUUUUGUAGCGACAUCCUGUAGUGAAUGAGUAAAUAAGCAUGUAUUGAAAUGCAUGUUGAUAUGACCUGAGUGUUGAGUUUUGACCUGCAUAGGGGACAAUGUAAUUUUUUAUGCCAAAAACUAAGUUGAUUUGAAAUAAUUUGAAACCCAUAUGCCAGUAUAAAGCGCUGACCAAAAUUGGUUUGCUUACCUUUGCGACACAUGGCUAUGAAACAUGGUAAUUAAGAAACAAUGUUUCCUGAUUUGCCCACGUUUGAGAAACAUGGUUAAUAGGAAAAAAUGUUUCCUGGUUUGCCCACCUAUAAUUGAGCGACAUGUUUGCUGCUUGUAAACACAAAUGAAAGUGUUCCCUAGCUAUGUUUACCAAAGGUGGGUUUCUGGUUUGCCUGCCUUUGCAGAAACAUGACCAGCAAACAAUGUUUCCUGGUUCGCCCACCUUUGAAAAACGUGGUAAUUAGGAAACAAUGUUUCCUGGAUAUGGUUAGCAAACAAUGUUUCCUGGUUUGUCCAACUUUUGGAAAACGUGGUAAUUCGCAAAGAAUAUUUCCUGACUUGUUCAGGGCUUAACGUCUCCUAUUCAGCGCUGGCUCAACUUAUACACGGGCGUUUUGUUGCCAAAUCUUCAAUUUGAAUGUUGUGGAAAGCAUUAAUAGGAAAUAAUUAUUUUGAUCAGCUUUCUUGGUGUAAUUUGAAUAUUUGAUAUAGUAUUAGGAAAAUGCAGACCUAGCCAGGGGUUUAUACCAGAAUACCAAUAUAUACUUGAUAAUACUGGCUCAAUUAUGCCAAAAUUCCACGCUGUCUGCAUUUUAUACCCAUUUUCAACCUAUUUUAACAAUAAACACUGUGUACCAAAAUGGCCUAAAUACCAACAUACGUGAAACCCCUGGCCAGGCCUGAAAAUGUCUGUAAUUAUUACUUCCUGGUUGAUAAAUCAAGAUAAAAUAAUAAAAAUUGGUAAAGUUUUU